CUCGAUCCUCACACAACUCUGAAAUGGAUGACAAAAGCUAUUAAAGAGAACCGUCAUACAGAAAACUGGCCACAAGGCUUUGCGUCUAUACGCAGCAUCUCAGUUGGUAUCGAGACAGAUCAACGUUCGUGGAACGACGAAAGUGUCCAUCGCGACGGCCGCGACUUUGCAGCGCUUCUCUACAUACCGAAUCUCGAAAGCAUUUACUUCAACGAUUUGCAUUACGACCGCGAUGAAGAAGACGAUGAGGACUUCGAUAUGAGUGAUCAUUAUGACUUUCCAUACCGCACUUCUAGCGUCAAGCACCUCUUUAUCGAUGGGGCUUCAGGUUUCUCUACCGACCUUUACCAAGGCAUAGCAGGAGUAUCAGAGAAUUUGGAAUCAGUGGUUCUAAGGGUUGGUACUGAAUUUGGCCAAGAUCUUGACGAUGUGGAUGCAUUCGUGGGCUGGCUUGCGACUGAGAAUGCGGCAACCCUACAGAAACUCAUCAUUUACAAUCCCGGUGGUAUGCACGGCUACCGAUGUACCAACUAUCGACCCGAAGAGCUAGAAAGGUUUGGUAACAAGCUGAGGCUGUUCACGAUGGCAGCCUCUGAUAUAGAACUUGAUGGGCUUUACCAGCUGCAGAGUGACCCUAAUGCAGAGCAACUUGCGGAAUACGUCUCUGAAGCAUUCCCUGCUAGUACUGAAGCUAUUUAUAUUUGGGGACGAUCGGAUGAGUUUGUGGAUGGCUCGAAGCCCAAUGGUAUACCAACAAAUACCCUCGACUCAGCACUUGCGUCACUCAUCGAAUCUGGCGUCUAUGAGAACCUGAAGGUCAUAUACCUUGCGGACGUCGAGAAGCGACAUGCUCAGGAUGAUAGAGAGAUCGCUCUUGAGAGAUCCAUCGACGCGGGUCUAAAGAAACUCAUUCUGCAAAAGUCUGUCGCUGCAGGGUGCAAGACUGGUGUGCAUGUGUGUACGCUCAUGAACAGAGAUGAUGGUGGUUAUUGGAGGAACUUUCCUGCUAAGCCGGAUAGGUUUGACUUGAAGACUGGUCCUUGCGGCGAAAGACCGACAUCGUGGAGGCUAAAUCUUCAGACUGGAGAAUGGGGACCGGAUUGUGAGGGUUGUGGAGAGUGUAAGGACUGCUUGGUUGUGUAUCCUGCCGAGUUGUGGAAGAGUGGUCGUUCAUGAGAAGGCUGGUGAUAGCAUGGCGACUGCCAUCGAUACCAACAAAGGUGGAUGGCCUGAGGCUUGAGUAGUACAUAUAACACAUGGAUACCAUGUCCAUCAAGAGCCUCGAGAUCGAACUGCCGACGAAGGCCUGUGCUUCGAUGUUGCAAAUGUGAGGUCAAUGAAGCCGAAGAUGAUAUCAACGAUCAAGGGCUCGUCAUGACUCGGAUUCAGCAUCUUAGCCUCCAUCAUGAUCCUCCAGGCCGCGCGUACGACGCGUCUCUCACCACCCUCAACCACUUAACAACUCUUCUCCUCUCCUCUCUCAUGUCCCAAUAUGAUCACAGCUGGGUAAACUGUAUCAAUCAUUCCC